GCCCUUCUCCUAUGGCUACGCCCCUGCAGAAACACUAUCUCUUGCAAUGUUCACUUCUCGACCAAUCCACCUUCUUCCUUCUCUUUAAGCUAUUGUCUAUCCCAACCCUCCAUCCACCCCCUACUGCCUAUGAAAAUACAGGCAUGCACGUACUAGCCUUCCCAACGCUGACUUUUUGGCCAUAUUCCAGUAGUGGGGAAGAGCACCAUGAUUCAAGGGAAAAGAAUGAAAACUACUUCCACUUAUUUCUUUACAACUAUCUUACUCACUUUUUCUUUUCUUUUAAGGUUUUAGCGCUCCCCAUCGAUUUUAACGUUAUUGUACGUCCAGUCCAAUUUUAACGCCCGAGCCCCUUUAAUGGGAUCAUACACCGUAGUGGGUGAGUUGCCAUAAGCUCGGAACGAGAACCGCUCCUGCCAUCGACACGUCCCGGGUUCGCGGCAACAUGGCUGGCGUGCUCAGGUUGUGCCCCGCGGUCGCACUGCUGGUCGUUGCGUUCGCUGCGGGUUCCGAGCCAACAGGCUCCACCAAAAGCCUCCAGGCGCAAGUCGAGAAAGAAUGUUUCCAGAAGGUUGGCAUGACCCCGGAAGAAAUUAGCACCAUAGAAGACGUCAUGAAACGGCUCGAUGAAGCAAGGGACACAACAAAAAAGAAAGAAGAACUAGACUUCCUUGACUACGUGGACUUGUACGCACGCACACCGGAAAUUUCAAAAGGCAUCCGCGCCAAGUGGGAGGCGUUUAUGACGUGCAUGGCAGAUGAAGCUGCGGCUCGAGGACAAGAGGUUUAGGGUGUUCAUCGCUGAUACAAGUGGUCCAGUUGCUUGUCCCUGUAAAUAAAUGAAACUGUCUCGACUGUGUAUCAACCUUGACAAGUCUUCUGCCGUACGUGUUUCACUUAAUGAAUUUAUAGGUCUCUCAAUGACAGCACUCUGCUGGAUUAGUACAAAUAGAUUUAGUCACUUUCCUGUCCGUCCGCCGUGCAACAAAAAUGUUCAUUUACUGAGCUGUAAGUA